AAAUAGGCAAGAUUGGUGAUGACAAUGAAGUAGAUAAAGAAAGUAGCGAGAUUGAAACAAACGAUGAUGAAACUGAAGAAAUUAAGUCAUUGACAGAUGAGGAGUUAGAACAAGUGUUUUCAAGUCUCUCACAAAGACCAUUGAUUGAUGUUAUAAAGGAAAAUUCAACAAAUGAUAAAAUUUUAGAAGAAGAAUCUUUGGAAUUUAAAAAUUUAGAUAGAGAACAUGGGCUAUACUUUUUGAACUUUACAUCUGCAAUGCUUUAUAUAUGGU